CGACUAUCAAGCUAGUUGUUAGCGUUUGCAUCCCUCACGUAAACAGCUUGUACAGGCGGAGAAAACGCUCGCGGACUUUUAACGGUUACUGAUGUCUGCAAAAAGACCGCCGACAUGUCCUGAGUUUAGUUCGACCCCGGUGAAGUCGAGCUUUGGGAAAGACGUCCUUUUAAACAGGAGCUUUGACGAUGGUAUCUUAACCGAGGACGAAGACACUUUCUCUCUGCUUUCGCCCAUCUACCAGGACAGUUUUGACAGCGACGAAGACUUGAAGUCGAGCUCAGAUCGGAGCUCUUCUCCCCGACAGAGCGACGAGUCCAGACCUGACGGCUCACCGGACAGGAAUGGACGUACUAAAACGCAGUUAAAUGGGGAUGACCUAGAUACAGAGGAAAGCAGCAGAUGUGAGCUACCAAAAAGGUGUGCAGAGGAGGUGGUGAGUGCAGCCUCUCCAUCUCUGAGUGCAUGGGAAAUAUGGAUGGUGAACAAAGCCAAGGAAGAUAUCCUUAAAUUGGAAAAGAAAGCAGAGGAUUCCCGCUUAUUGAAGGAAAAACAAGAACAACACCAACGGGAACUGGAGGAGAAAAAACUGACAAUGGAAGUGAAGAUCCAGCAAUGGCUAAAGAUGAAGAGGGAACAGGAAAAACUCAAGCAAGUUCUUCAACAGACUAAAGAGGAGGAUGAAAUGCAGAAGCGACGAAUGAAGCAGAGGGAGAUGGAAGCAAAAGCUCAGGAAAAAUACAGAGACUGGUUACAGAAGAAGAACCAGGAGAAAAUCGAUAAAGAAAAGAGGGAGAAAGAGGAUGCCAUCCAGAAGGAGGAACAGGAGAAGGAACGCCGCAAAAAGGCAGAGGAAAAGUUUAAAGAAUGGUUGGCAAAGACCAAUGAAAAAAGCAGGCUGAGUCCCAGACCGCCAAGUCGCCAAACAAACCCCUAUGACAAUUUCUACCCAUCACCAAGCUUCUACAACCCGAUCCCAUGGAAACCGAUUCACACCCCUCCUCCAGAAGCAUCAGUGAAUAAGACAUCCGGCAAUAAACCACAGAAACAUCAAAAAGGCCAACAAAGUGCCUAUGCUGCUUCCAGACAGAGAAAUGCUGUGAUUGUACAACAUUUGAAGCAGAGGAGAUGACAGCAAGUGGGCAGGCAUCUUUGGCUGCCAGACUUUAGUUCAAAUGACUGCUGAGCUUCUAUGAGGACAUCAAGAGAGAUGCUGCUGAUUUAUAAAAAAAAACAUUCUGUGAUGUCAUCAUACAGCGCCAUGUUUACAUUCUUACUGCUGUAUCUGGAGAGUACACUCAAUCAGUUUAGUAGUAAUACACAAGCUCAGAUUUUAUUGUAUGUGAGGAGAUAUCUCUGAAAGUUCAGAUUUCAGAAAUGUUUUUACACAGUUUUGAGAAACUGUAAAUAAUUUUACUGCUAAAUUCAAUUUCCAAA